AUGACGACGCAGAUAAUCAAAAGGGGGGACUACAUUGACGCCUUGAACUUUGCGCAAAGUAGCAUUUUGGCAGUCAACAAGAGCAUGCUGCGGGGCGAAACGGCAGCGGCGGUAGAGGCAAAACUCCACAGUGCGUGGGAGUCCAUCAUCGCCUGCUCCGAGGAGGCAGAGGCCGGCGGCAGGGACCAGGAUCGCCUUGUGCUGCUCAUACUAGAAACGCGAGCGACCGACACGCUCCUCUUCCGGGCCCAGGUGCAGCUUUGGAGCGGGCCCCCGUUCUUGGUCGAAGACGUGGUCACCUCCUGGGAGGACCGCUGGGAAACGAUGCGGCCCGAGUACCGGCGCAACCUCGUCUCCUUCACCGCCCGCCUGUUCGCCACCGGUGCGUGCAGCGACUGGAUCGCCCUGUGCGGCCUCCACCUCCUGCGCGAGGUGCUCGAGAGCCCGAUCCCGCUGCUGCCCAGGCCGGAGCGGGUGGGCGACGACGACGGCGGCACCACGCCAGUCUCGUUCGACCCCAAGACGGCGCUCGAGCUCCUCCCGGCGCUGCGCAGCUUUCUGGACUUUGGGAGCGCCCGGCUCGCGGCCCUCUGCAGCCUCUCGGCCGACGUCGGCCCGCUCCCCGGGCGGCUGCAGCGGCUGCGCGGUCUGGCCGACCCGGGCGCGCUGGCUCUGGCCGCGGGCGUCGAUGCGGGACCCUGCGGGUUUGCGCCGCCGCGCUGGCGCUUCUGGACGCGGCGGCUGGUGGAGAUCUCGGAGGCCUGCCGCACGCCUGGCGCGAGAGACGGGCUCAUCGUGGCCGAGGUGGCGGCCUGCCUCGGGCGCAUGCGGGACAAGGAGGAGUUGAUAGCCGGGCCGUUGACGCGGGGGAAUGCCUCGAGGUAG